UUGGGUUUAUUUGUAAAACAGAAAGUGUUGGGACUCUGAAAAAAAAAAUUACUGGCCAGUUUAGUGUAUGGUCGGCGGGUAGGGGAGAAAGUUCGUCGUUGAUUUUAAACUUAACCUCAAAAGUUUCACGUCCGAACUUUACAAUCUCCAACUUGCUUCCAAACUCUCGGUAGUCGGUUACAUUGAGGUACAAGAAGAAGAAGAGGAAGAGGAAGAAGCAAAAUUGGUCGUCUUUCUUAGCGACGAGGUAUGACAGAGCUUUAUGCAAGUCAUAUCUCAUGGUAGUAAAGGAUUAGCAUAUGUAUGUACUUUCAUAAAACUUCACUUUACCAUUACACUCGCCUCAUAGAUCAUUGUUUGUCUGUAAACUCAUGGGAUUUUGCCAAACGUCUCCAUGCCCAGUUGAUAAAAGUCGGUUUUAGUGGCCAUACUUUUGUGGGUAAUCGAUGUCUUGAUAUGUAUUCUCACUUUGGCGCUAUUGGUGAUGCUUUAAAAGUUUUUGACGACAUAACCCAAAAGAACAUCUUUUCUUGGAACAUUUGCUUGAAAGGAUUGAUUAACUGUGGCCAGUAUCGUCUAGCACAAAACUUGUUUGAUGAAAUGCCGGAACGGGAUGUUGUAGGCUGGAACUCUAUGAUUUUGGGUUGCGCUUCUUAUGGGCAUUCUAGUUGCGCCCUGGAAUUGUUUUCAAAUAUGCAAAUUGUAGGUGUGAGGCCAAGUGAGUUUACCUACUCGAUUCUUUUGUCACUGGUGAAUAGUGAGUAUCAUGUCAAGCAAAUUCAUGGCAACAUGAUUAGAAGAGUUGUUGGUGUAUCUAAUGUAGUACUUGGUAAUUCGCUAAUUGACAUGUAUGGGAAGGUUGGUCUUGUUGAUUAUGCCUUGGUAGUGUUUUUGGCUAUGGAUGUGUUGGAUGUCGUCUCUUGGAAUUCAUUGAUAGUAGCCUGCUGUAAAUCAGGUGACGAAGAACUGGCUUUUCAUCAGUUUUGUUUGAUGAGAUACACUGAAUGUUUACCAGAUGAGUUUACCAUUUCAACCAUAAUCACAGCUUGUUCUAGUUUGCAAAAUUUGGGGAAGGGUAAGCAAGUUUUUGCUCUGUGUAUCAAGGUUGGAUUUCUUCAUAAUACUAUUGUUUCCAGUGCUACUAUUGACCUAUUUUCCAAAUGCAACAAAUUGGAAGAUUCUGUUCAGCUUUUUGAAGAACUUGAUCAAUGGGAUUCCGCAUUAUGCAAUUCUAUGAUAUCAAGCUUUGAGAGGCAUGGUCUGGAUGAGGAAGCUCUCAAUCUUUUUUUGCUCACCAUGAGGGAGAAUGUUAGGCCUACAGAGUUCACACUAAGCAGCAUUUUGAGCUGUGUUUCUUUCCUUCUAGCUGAACAGGGAGGUCAAGUCCAUUCUUUGGUGGUCAAAUUAGGCAUGGAGUCAGAUAUGAUUGUUGCAAGCUCACUUAUAGAAAUGUACAGCAAACUUGGGUUGAUUGGCUCUGCUAUGAACAUCUUUUCCAAAAUGGAAGCAAGAGAUUUAGUGUCCUGGAACACCAUUAUUAUAGGUUUGAGUCGAAAUGGUGGAGCUUUUGAGGCCCUUGACAUCUUUACAAAAUUACUUCGUGAUGGACCACCGCCUGAUAGGAUAACUUUCUUUGGGGGUUUAUUAGCUUGCAACUAUGGCAGUCUUCUCUAUGAAGGCAUGAUGAUCUUUUCAUCAAUGGAGGAAGACUAUGGAAUCAUACCAAGCAAUGAACAUUGUGCUUGCAUUGUGGACUUGUUAUGUCAAGCCGGUAAACUCAAAGAAGCACUUGAUACAGUGCAAAGAAUGCCUCAUGAACCUGGUUCCUUGAUUUGGGAUUUAAUACUACGAACUUGUGCAAACAACAGAGAUCUGAAACUCAUAGAAAGUGUAGCUGAAAGGUUGAUGCACUUGGAACCAUGGUCGUUACUACCUUAUUUGAUUUUGGCUCGGGCAUAUGAGAUAAGGGGCAGAUGGGAGGAUGUUGUGCGGGUCAGGAAGGUUAUGAAACUGAAAAAGGUUAACAACGUGACGGGGUGCAGUUGGGUUGUAAUAAGAAAUUGUGUAUACACUUUUAAAGGAGACCGGUUACAGCUUUAUGAUGGCAGUAGUAUUUAUUCAGUAUCGAGAUUACUGAUUUGGGAUAUUGAAGAUGAAGGCUAUAUCAGUUCAUCAGAUGAGAAAUUGGGAUUGCAAAAGUAGAAGUUAGUGUUAUGGAGUUCUUGAUGACAAUGGAG